UAUGAAAUGGACAACUGACAAGUGAGAGUGAAUCUCUUUUGCAGACUUCAACUUGCAAUUUCGGCUUCGGAUAAAGCCAUGGCCAAAAACCCCAUUCUCUCUCCAAAACCUCCAAAUCUCUUCUUCUUCUCCUCUCCUUCAUCCACUUUCUCUCUCCUACCCUACCAAAAAAGCUUCAAUCUUCCAUUAAAACCCAACUCCUCAAAUUCCUUAAGAAAUUACAGCACUCCACCUGGAACAGAGUGCCCUGUUCCAUUAGAUCAACAACCCAUUAUUGAAUACCAAAAUCUCUCCACUUCUUUUCCCUUUUCUUGGGCUUCUGGUGAUCUUGUUGAAUAUGCUUCUAGGUUGCUAGCUACUGGGCUUUCUUUUGGGCUUCUUGUGGGCUUACCUGUUUCAUGGUUUGGGUCAGUUGGGUCGGAUCAUGAUCAGGUUAAGGUGGUUUUGGGUUCGCUUUCGAGUGGCGUAUUUGUAGUGACUAUGGCUGUUUUAAGGAUGUAUUUGGGGUGGGCUUAUGUUGGAAAUCGCUUACUGAGUGCCACUGUUGAAUAUGAGGAGACUGGAUGGUAUGAUGGUCAGAUAUGGGUAAAGACUGCUGAAGUUUUGGCACGUGAUCGCCUUUUAGGCUCAUUUCAGGUGAAGCCGGUUCUAGGCAGGUUGAAAAACUCACUGGUUGCACUUGCAAUAUCUUUGUUCAUAUGUGUGGCCCUCCUAAUUAAUUAUGAAGAAAGCCAAAAGGAACUUCAGAAAUCAUCCUUUGAAGCUGCAGAUCGAGUUGUAGCUGGAGUUUACAAUGAUGAUUCUGCUAGAACAUUUGAGCCAGAUGCAUUCUGUGGUGAACCUGGUCUGGUCCCUGAAUGACUGCAAGACUAUAGCAAUGUCUUACAACAUUUGUAGUGUACAUGCCCGUAUGCCUUUUUUUUUCAAAAGAAAAUUGGUAUUGUAUAUUAUUAACAUGCCCUACUGUCAAGGCCCAAAUUACAACUUACCCAUACAGGCUACAGUCAUACUCCCACGACCCCACAAGAAUUGAAACCUUAUCACCAAGGGGUAGAUGGAACCACCAACUAGUGCUCCAUCUCCUGAUUCUUGUACAUGCCCAUAUACUUGUCACUAUUUUAUUGUAUAGUAUCAAUCACUAAAUACUUUUGUAUAUUAACAUAGGCAGUUGCCUGUUUUAAGAGCAAUUUUUAGGUCU